CGAUCCGGAGAAUCAGCUCACGUGAAGUAUCGUAUAUUCUGAUAGCUUCACGGAACAUCUCAACUGGCGGGCUAAUUGCAGUUAAGCGUGAAGACGGCUGUAGAAAAGAUGAAUGGGGUGACGGUGGCAGAAGGAGAGAGAGAGUAUAACUGCAGAUUUUGUCUUGCGUUCCCAGCAGUUUGUCCUGUGGAGUGUCCUGAUCGGGGUUAAGCAACCAAGGGACGUCACUGCACAAAAUAAAACAGCAAACAAUCUGACAAGAUCACACGGCUUUAUAUUUAACAGGGAUUAUUAGAUGUUUCAGGGAUUUAAUGCAGUUAGAGCAUGGAAUGGAUUGCCAGAAUUAGCCAGGACAUCCAAUGAGUUAGCAGAGUUUAAGUCUCACAUUAACAUGCACGACUAGAUUAACACAUGUAGAACGCAGUUAUGUUGUCUUUAUAAAGACGACGAUGGCCUUUUACAGCCACGUGUUACUGGCCUUAAUACCCGUGGCCUUGUGGUGGAUGUGCCAGGAAAUUCAAACCGACAAGACUUUUGCAGUGAACCUUGCCAUAGAUUCAACGAGUCUCUACGAGUUCAUGAAAGACCCGCGCAACUUGCCGAAAAUCCAUCCAAAAAUUCGGCAGGUCUCCAACCUUCAGGUGGAAGGUCAAGUGACAAAGUUCAACUUUACAGAGUCUUACCUCCUGAUAAACUUGACCUUUCCGAUGACCCUUGAAGCUGACGAUACCAACCUUGUGUUAAACUAUCAGACCGCUUCGUCGGUAGCCGAUGUCAAGGUAGACUUGUACAUCAAAAAGUUGACCCGACCUCAGCAAUCCACAAUGGGGUCAGCUCGACCUACAGUAUCAGUUGAUGGACGUCUGACUAUUAAAGCCUGGAGGAUAUUGAGUUACAUGACCUGCAGUCAACUUGUUCAUAUCUGGACCAGUACUCUCAUGGCCACGUCCGCAUUUAUUCCAGGUUCUUGACAACAUUUUUCUGAGUAGACAAUGACUUGUAGAUCUACAUCUAUUUCGUCAUCAGAUUUUCGAUGCUGCCAUUUCUGGACGCACGCUAUUGUUGCUUUGCAGCACGACUAGAACUAAGUCUAACGUGAAACUAGUCUGUUGACUUUUGGGAUAGGAAAUGCUUUGUUAUAUUCAUACCAUCCUCGCUUUCAAAACGAGACUUGGGAUUGGCUGCUUGUUACCUUGUGAGAAACCUUAUGACACAUUGCAAGGCUCCAAUGACUAAUCCGAGAUGGAUCUUGACAUCUAUAGCUCAGUUAUUUAUCAUGAGAAACUGUUGGAUUCAACUGUCUGGCUACAAUGGGCAAUGUUAUAGAAAAAGGGGAGAUAAAGGAACAGGAAGGUUUCUCACCUACCUUCCCCCUCACCCCACACAGUCAUCAAAUUGAAUUCUAUGAUUUAUUGGUAAUGAUUGACCACAGGAACUUGUUCUGUUAUGUGUUGUUAAUAUUUAUUAUGUUUAAUAUAUUAAUGUUUCAAUAAAAUUUCACCAUGCUCUCGAAAAAAAAAAUUGUAUGAAGACACCUAGCAAUUCAGACAUGUGAUUCUGUCCAAAAUGCACAAUAGUGGACUAUUCAUUUCAUAAUUGUGAUAUAUUCUGCACUCUAACCAUAGGCCUAUGCCGAAAAGGCGGAAGACCUUCAAACUAUGGUAGAUCUAGUAAUUAAUAAAAUCUUGUAUUGAGUUACUGAUGCUUAAACUGCGUGCCUUUCUGUACAUCUAUAUUACUCUUAAUCCUAAAAAUUAAUAUUCAUCUGUCUCAUUGGAGCGACUUGGUAGAAGAGUUGCUUGGCUCAUACACAUUCAGUCCCACAAUGAUUGGUUAAAGUCCGGUAGGUCGUCAUAAAAUUAUGGCGACCAAAAAAAAAGGACAUUUUGCUUGCUCAAUAGACUCAACCUACGUUUCUUACCUAGCACCCUCUGACCCUUUUUUUAAAUUUUGUUUUCUUAUUUCAGUUGUUGUUGAUUAUUCUUUUUGUUGCAAUGCUCAAUGUUACCUAGACUCUAGCUUAUUGGAGAGAAUUGUUACAAAAAAAAAUGUUAAUGUUGUAACACUUAUGCGUUCAUACGCGAUCACGUGGUAGCCUACAUAAAACAUUGUAAUAAUACAGUUCUAUGUGCAUGGAGACCUAAUAGAAGUGGACGUUUAAACAUCUCAUUUCAAUGUGCAAUGUGACUUUGAAACUGUUUUGGACUCGCAUAUUUGUUAGUAGAUUAAAUUUUUAAAAAUCUUCAAUAUAUUUUUUUAAUCCAAGAGCUAAGUUCUUGGCUUUUAUAUCAAGCUUUCUCGGGUUUGAAUCUAGUUUAAUUUUUAGAUUUUUAAAAUGAUUGAAGAUAAAUAACAGGAAUAACAGGUGCCUUUGUUUAUGGUAUGGGGUGUGGGACAGUCGAGUGUUCAUACGCUUGUUACAGAACCUGGACGUCUCAAAUCUUGGUAGUUAAAUCUGGUUAGUUAUUAUUUCUUUUUCUGUUUUUUUUUUUUUUUUGACAUGUCACCUUGCGAGUCUGAUCAUUCCGUAGAGAUUAUAAUCUUUCGAAUUGUUUUUUUGUUGGGGAAAAUAUGUCAGUACUUAUCACGAGUGUAGCAUUAUACCAGAGUAAGGGUCGGCAACCUGUGGGACACUUUCCAGCGAUGGGACGCUGUGCCAGACAAGCUGAUAGAAAAGUGGUACCCUUGACCUUAUCUUAAAUAAUACAGACGUUACUUCAAAAAAGAAGACGAUUUCGUCCUACGGACCUGCUUGCUUCAUGCUCUCUUUCUCUCUCUCUCUCUCUAUCUCUCUUUCUCUCUCUCUCGUCAUGAAACCUGUGAACUUCGCUUGUAUAUUGACAUUUGAACAUUUUAAAACAUUUAGUUUCCUCUUAAAAUAUACCAUUACGCCUUGUUUCAUUUGUAUUUUAUUAAAGGGAUGUAAUUUUAUUUUUUAAACACAAUAUAAAGUAUUUAUAAAAGUCGUCGUUAUCUCCCUUUUUUUUUCUAUUUAUUUUUCUUAGACUUGCAAAUGAAUUAAAUGUCUCAUUAUUUUAAUUAAGAAAAAGCGUGCUCAAUAACUUAAUCACAAGAGGACAUUACUCAGAUACUGAUCAUCCUAUGAUUAUAUUUAUAGUAAAAAAAAAAUAGUUUUAUGAACUGCAUGUUUACUUCAUCAUAUUGAUAUUUUUUUUUUCAAUAAAUAUUAAGGGAGGAAAUUUCAGCCAAUCGUUAGAGUAUAGAAUGUAUUAUUUCCCUUAUACCUUUGGACACUACCUACAUGUGAUAAAAUUGUUCCAUAUUUUCCAAAAGGUUACCUACAGCAACAUAAUAUUUUCUAAUGUAAUGUCGAGAAUAAAAUAAAAUGUAUGUAUAUUAUUUACAGUUUGUUUUCAUAUAGGGAAAGUGAAUUUUUAUUUUAAUAAAAAAAAAAAAACAAUCAACUGUAAUUUAAAAGUAGCUACACAAUUAGCACAAAUACCAGUGGCCAGAGACUACAUGUCAUGUACAGUUACUCUUAAAAUCGGAAUAAUAAACAUUAAUUGUAUGUUGUUCACUUGUACAGAAACUUAGAGAGCUAUAAGAGUUAUAGUUCUUUUUUUUUUUUAAUUCAGAUUUUAAUACACAAAUUUAAAAAAUGUGAAUAUAAAAAAAAUAUAUUGAAUUAUGUUUA